AUGUGCUGCUGUCCCUCUUUGCGCAUACUGGUGCUGAUCAUGGCCGUAUUGGCCACCGCCUGUGCUGUGUGUGCCAACAUUUUUCCUGUGUUCCAAAAGAAGAGCGAUACUGUGACGAUGAAACAGACACUAUGGUACAGCAGAACAAUCUUGCCGGGUGGCAAUGAAACCGAGCAUAAGGUGAGCAAGAGCUUGUGCCAGCAGUACAAGUUAUUUUUCAGGCCUCUGAGGCGAUGGCUGUGGGUGCUAUUGGUGUUGGCCUCAUCGUGGUGGGGUUCUCCAUUGCCCAGCUUACUGUAA